AUGUUGUCGACCGACGUCGCUGUGAAGCGUGAGGAAAGGAGGGAGAGUGAGGCAGUCACACCAGCCUUGGCGUCAAUUGGCACGCAGAUGGAGAGCAAUGAGGAGUUGAAUGGGGCACGUCGGAUGGUAUCACAGCGUAAGACUGAGCAGCAGCGGCAGCAACAAUUGCCUGUCGACGGCCUUUCGGAUUCAGAGGCUCUGGCACGAGAAGAAUGGUGCCUGGAAUUGUCUUAUGGGAAAGAAGAGGCGGCCACAACCGAGUCGCGGCCAAUUGUGAAGAGGAAUCCCUCUCCCGCAGUUGCCGCUGCUGCAACAAAGGCGGCGGAGGCAUGCUCAGCGACGCCAGCAGAAGGUGGUGGCGUGUUGUGCAGCAACUGGGAGGAGCCGCGCCAGCGAGAGGCGGGGAGGACAUACGACAGUCAGACGGCCACGCAAGAGGCGAGGGGGAAGCCGCCAUCCGAGGCUCUUGAAGAGAAGAGGGGUGGUGCAGCCCCUCAGCGGGAGCAGCGCGAAGUGCAGGAAGGGAUCGCUGCAAAAACAAAAGGUGCGCUACGGGUGUGUGGGACGUGGAAGGAGUAUAGGGAUGCAAAUAUUGGCCGCCUCUACUACGUCAACACGGAGACCAAGCAACGUACAUGGAAGAUCAAGGAGACGCCCUUUGCAAACGAGUGA